AUGCAAGACUUGGCUCGACUGAAUCACGAUCCCACCUUAUUGGAUCAACACAACCAAGUGCAAAUUCCAGAAGAACGUACAUGGUUUGAACUGUAUGAUUCCUCCUCCGAGAAUGUUCCCUUCAAAGCCUUGUUUGAGAGAAUGGAUCAUCCAGUUCCUCUCGAAAGGCUUUUCCUAGUGGGCCUUUCAAAGGUUGCUGCUGCUUCUUCUUCGUUUCAAGAGUUACAACGGAGAGGUGUUUUUAAUUCCAAUUUGAAACGAUUGGAACUCGUUUCCAUGGCCAUCUCCGACGAGAAGGAUGCUCCAUUCUUGUUGGGUCAUCCUUCCGAGUGCGUAAAGAGCUCUUUACAAGAAUUGAGAGUCGUGGGAUGUGGCCUCUCGGAUGAAGGCUUGAAAGAAUUGUUGUUGAUGCAGAAGAGUUCUCUCAAACAGUUUGAAAAGUUAGAGUUGUUGGAUUUGAGUGAAAAUCAUCUCACGAGUGAAGGUGUUCGGAAUGUAUUGGCACAAGCUUCAUUUCCUUCGUUAAAGUAUCUCUUUUUGGAAGGGAACUCGAUUCCAAUGGAGGAUGAGGAAGAGGUCGAAUUGUAUCGUUCUUCAUUACGACAGUUGAUUCCUUCCUUGGAGAUUGUGUUGUUUCAAAAGAAGGAUUAUUCUCUGAAUUUGGAUCAGGUGUUUACGCAGCAAUUAUUUAAAAGUAUUCAUACUCUGGCGAGUUUGUUACAAGAAGAUGAGUAUUCAUCGAGUAAUACAAAGGAUGGUGACAAUGAGGAAGAGAGAAAAAAACAAGGCACCAUUCGUCGAGCAGCAUACAUGUUCAAAUUGGCAAAUGUUUUAGAAAAUCCAAGUAUCCUAUCUUUUGAAUCCAAACAAGUGACCAAUCUGUUUUUGAUGGCAGCCAUGUAUGAUUUUCCACCAGCUCAAUAUCACAUGGGAUGCAUCUUUUUCAAGAAUUAUUGUGUGAAUGACACCAUUACCUAUAAUCAGAUUGAAAGCAAAUUCUUUCCAAAGAGUAAUUAUACUGCACGUAGAUGGUUUGAAAAAGCAGCCGCUCAUCGUCACCCAUUAGCAUUGCUCAAGCUAGCUCAUUAUCAUGAAUUUGGUGUUUCUGGAGUGGAACAAAGUGAGGAAAAAGCAUUUGAGUUGACUCUUAAAGCAGCAGAGUCAGAGAAUGAAUGCUCUCAAGCAUGGUUGCAACUAGGUGAAAAGUAUUUGGGUGGUAUUGGCACAAAACGAGACGUCUCAAAAGGAAUGGAAUAUCUGACCAAGGCGGCAGAGAGUGAGAAUGAAGAGGCAAUGAAAUUGUUGGCAACUAUUUAUCACAAUGGAUUGAAACAACAGCCAGAACAAGACGAAAAGUCACAACCACAAGAAUCUUCACAGACUUUGAUCGAUGACGAAAAAGCAUUAUACUGGUUCACUAAAAUGUGUGAACAAAAUCCUGAAAACGCACAAGCUUUCUAUAUGGUUGGUUUGUAUCAUUUGGGAGCAUUUGGAGAGAUUGAAAAUCAGGAUUUACAAGAAGGAAUUCAUGCCCUCACCAGUGCUGCAAAACUAGGUCAUGAUCGAGCUUGUUAUCAAUUAGGUGGUUUUUGGAUGCAAGUUCAGAAUCCUGAAAUGUCUUACUUUUGGUUUAGGGAAGGAUCACGUCUUGGAAAUGAAGCGUGUGAGGAAGCAUUGAAACAAUUUGAAGUCAUUGACUCGCGAAAUCCUGAUCUCUAA